AUGUCGCGUUUUUCAUAUUUUAUCCAUAUUUUAUUUUUCCUUUCUAGUUUAAUAUUUAUUUCUCAUGCUAUAAACAAUGGUUUUAGUGUUGAACUCAUUCAUCGUGAUUCGGUUAAUUCACCAUUCUAUAACCCGACACAAACUAAGUUCCAACAAAUAGUUAAUGAUGUACGUCGUUCUUUCAAUCGUGCCGAUUAUAUCAAUAAAAAAUUAUAUCCUAAUGCAAGCAAAUCCGAGUCAUCUUUGAUAUAUGAUUAUGGUUUGUAUAUGAUGAGUUAUUCACUUGGUACCCCGCCAUCUAAGCUCUAUGGUUUUAUAGAUACGGGUAGUGACUUGAUAUGGACUCAAUGCAAACCUUGUAAUAUAUGUUAUAACCAAACCUCUCCUAUUUUCAAUCCUUCAAAAUCUUCAAGUUACCAAAGUAUUCUAUGCUCUUCCAUAACUUGCAAAUCUAUGGAAGGUUAUUCUUGUUCUAAUGAUGGAGAGACAUGUGAAUAUAUUGAGGAUUAUGGCCGUGGAACAAAGACACAGGGAGAUCUUAGUAUGGAGACUCUUACAUUAGAUUUCACCUCUGGCUCUGUUGUCUCAUUUUCUAAAAUUAUAAUAGGUUGUGGACACACCAAUACUAUGACGUUUGAAGGUCAAAGUUCUGGUAUAAUCGGCCUUGGAUCGGGGAAUAUGUCAAUGGUAAACCAAUUAGGAUCUUUAAUUGAUGGAAAAUUUUCAUAUUGUUUAGCUGUUAAUGACUACUAUAGAAAGUUUAAUUUAUCUAGCAAACUCAAUUUUGGACAUGUUGCUGUUGUUUCUGGUGAUAAUGUUGUUUCAACUCCUUUCGACAAAAAACAACAGAGUUACUUUCUAAGCCUGGAAGCAUUUAGUGUGGGAAAUAAAAGAAUAAAAUUUGAAGGGUUUAAAGGAGUAAAUUCUUCUUAUAACAUCAUGAUAGACUCGGGUACACCUCUAACUCUUUUACCAGAAGAUUAUUACUAUAGGCUAGAAUCAGCUGUUAUAGAAGCGGUAGAAUUAGAGCGUUUUCAAGAUCCUACCGGUUCAUACAGGGUUUGUUAUAAUACCACAUCCUCUCAACAUCUAAAAUUUCCUGAAAUUACUGCACAUUUUAUUGGUGCAGAUGUUAAGUUAGAUGUUAAUAGCGCUUUUGAUUUGAUGUAUGAGGGGAUACAAUGUUUUGCUUUUCUUCCAAUUAAAAGUGGAUACGGCAUCUUUGGAAACAAGGCACAAGUGAACCAUUUGAUUGGCUAUGAUCUCAAAAAGAAUAUUAUUUCAUUCAAACCUACUAAUUGUACUAAGUAUUGAA